GCGGCACACCUAGACCUGAUCAAGGUGUUGGCCAGAGGAGUCUCUGCUGAGUACUGGAGGAAGUGCUCACGGUGCUAAGCUGCAGCCAUAGAUGAAGACUAUGAUGAAGGCCAGAGCUUGCAUAAGAAGGAAGACCAGCACCCUCAUCCUCUUUCUGGCUGUGGCUGUUUUAGUCCUUGUGCUACAUUACAUGGAAGUCUUGGAGACCCCCAGCCUGUUUCAGCAUGAGGUGAACUCCACCAUCACCCCCCCGAGAGUUUCCACUGACCCUGACGUGCAUCUGGGCGUCUGCACCUUCCAGCCACUGUCCCCUAAGGACGCUCUGGAGGAACGCCUCCUACUGGACUCCAUUGCUUGGCCUGAAAAUCCAGUACUGCCAACUAAUCUUUCCGUGGAGCAGACCAGCGACCCAGCUCACAGCACCUUCACCAUUCUCCCAGGCAGGGGGGGAGGACAGUGGCAAGUAGGGGAUCAGCUGGAGGUUAGGAUCAACAUGUCUGAUUUCCAGGGCCGUCCCAAGACGUUCGGGGGAGACUUCUUCCUCGCCCGGCUGCACAACAAGCAGCUCGGUGCAGGUGUGGCUGGACAGGUGGAGGAUCAUCUGAACGGCAGCUACUCUGCAGUGUUCUCUUUGGUCUGGGAAGGAGCCGCGCAGGUGGAGGUGACGCUGGUUCACCCUUAUGAGGCCAUCCCGGUGCUACAGAGACUAAACACCAAAAACUUUGACCGGCUUUACUUCAAGAGCGUCUUCCGUUCAGGCUCCAUCUCUGAAACUACCAUCUGUAAUGUGUGCCUACGUCCUACCCAGCCGCUGUGCAACUACACCGACCUCCGUACAGGCGAGCCUUGGUUCUGCUACAAGCCCAAGAACCUGAGCUGUGAUGCCAGGAUCAACCACGCCAUGGGACAUUACAACCAAAUCUUGAAGGCCACAGAGGAGAAGCUCUUCCAAAGUGGUAUCAACUUGAAAGUGUACAUCCGGGCUUCAGGACCUGCCAGUGUCACCGUGUUGCCAAAAAAGCAAGGUCAACCAGAGGUGGAGAGCAGCAUUGCCAAGGUUGGACCCUCUGGCCAUUACUACCAGGGGGUUUGGCACGCACUAGGGGGCCCCACAGUUCGUCAGUUCAACACAUCUGCCAUCAGUCAGUGUCUGAAAGGCAAGGUGGUCCACAUGUAUGGGGACUCCACAGUCAGGCAGUUUUUUGAAUUCCUCAUCGCAGAAGUACCAGGUCUUAAGGAGUUUGACCUGCACAGCCCGAGGCAAGCUGGACCUUAUAUUGCCUUGGACUAUGCAAACAACAUCUUGGUGACUUCCCGUUUCCACGGUCCUCCUAUCCGUAUUGUUCCUGUCUCAACCAGCGAGCUUCGUUACAUGGCCAAUGAAAUAGACGGCUUAAUCGGAGGCCCCAACACUGUUGUAGUUUUUGGCAUCUGGGCUCACUUUGGAACUUUUCCCCUGGAGAUCUACAUCCGGCGAUUGCUGAACAUCCGCAGGGCGGUGGUGCGGCUUCUGGACAGGGCUCCAGACACGCUGGUGGUCAUCCGGACUGGGAACCCCAAAGUGAUGUCACUUUCGGCGUCGCUAAUUUUCAGCGACUGGCACACGCUGCAGUGUAACAAGGUGCUCAGAACCAUGUUCAAAGGACUGAACGUUCACCUGAUCGAUGCCUGGGAGAUGGUCAUUGCCCACCACCUGCCGCACAACCUCCACCCACCACGUCCCAUCAUUGAGAAUAUGGUUAACGUUAUCUUGUCCUACACGUGUCCUAAAACAAGCGGCUAGAUGUGUGUUUACUGAGGUAAAUAUAUGUAUAUAUUAUGGUUGUUUCAAGUUCAAGACCUUUAUUUGUCCACAAGGGGUGAUUAGUUUUGCUGCAGUUGCAAAGAAGUUGACAGUACAUGACAACAAAGACGACAACAUCCAUUAAAAAUACAGGAUCAGACCAAAUGGGGUUUGAAGUUCAACUUAAUGUGAGGUGGACUACUUUACAAUUUGUAAACUAUUAGCACUCUACUGCAAAGCCUUUACAGACUGUGUACUAUGCUUUUGACCCCAUUUUUCUGAAAUCAUGACUUGGUCUUAAACAGCCGAAUUAUU